AAGAGGGGUCUUCUUACCUCUUUUCUAUUCAAUUGAUUCACUAGAACAAAAAAACCCUCCAGCUUCUUCAAGAGAAAAAUGGCCUCCAAAUCCAGCGAAGGAUUUCCAUCACCGAAGGAUUUCGACCAGCAAAGGAUUUCGAUUCAUAUUACUCUCUACCACAAUAGCUAAACCCCACUAUUAGUGGAAAAGAAGUAACUUGAAGGUGAUAAAAGAAGCACUUGACAUAAAUUGGGAAGCUGAAAAUGGUAUUAUCAAACGCCUCUGCCUCUCUGUAGCAUGUGGCGAGCUGUAGCGUCGCUUUUUUGCAAAAAAAAAAAAGAGAAGAAUACAGCAGCAGCGAUCUGUUAAAACAAAAAUUAGGGCUCGCUAUUUCUUUACUCUUUCUCCUUCUAGUCGACAGCAGACCAGCAAUUUCCUUUAUUCUUCAAGUUUCUUCAUCGGGAUAUUCAAUGAGUAAUGGAGAUAAAAGUUGGAUAGGUCUUCGAAGAUCCACCGAUGAUUAUAUUCGUGGAGUAAAUGAUUUUCUUGACAAAGCGUUUGAACGAUCUUCCCAAGAAAAUAAAAUAUUAUGACCCUAUAAAAAGUGCUUUAAUCGUUAUUGGCAUUAUAGAAAUGUGGUGGAGGAUCACUUAAUUGCUUAUGGGUUUACAUAUGGAUACACCGAAUGGGUUUUUCACGGAGAGUUUUCCUCGAGAGAUUGGCCACAUCCAACCAAUGAUGAUGAUGGUUUCGAUAUGCAUGACGAUAUUGAUAGUCUGCUUCAUGAUACUUUUAGAAAUGUAGAAGGUGACUUGAGCCAUGAAGAAGUGAGAGAGGGACCAUCUGAAGAUGCAAAGAGAUUUUUUAAAUUAGUGGAGUAAGGAAAACAAGAGUUGUAUCCAGGGUGUGAAAGUUUCUCUAAACUGGAUUUUACCAUUAGGUUGUUCUUGUUUAAAUGCAUUCAUGGGUUGAGUAAUGUGGCAUUUUCUGACUUGUUAGACUUGAUAAAAGAGGCAUUUCCAUUUGCUAAAUUACCUGAGUCUUUUCACAAGGCAAAAAAUGUGAUAAAAGAUUUGGGUCUUCAUUAUGAUAAAAUACAUGCAUGCCCUAACGAUUGCAUGUUAUUUUGGAAUGAGAAUGAGAAAGCAGAUAAUUGCUCUGUGUGUGGAUCUUCUAGAUGGAAGAAUGUGCGUGAUGGCUUGACUAAUAGGAACACUAAAGUUGCUGCAAAGGUUUUAAGGUACUUUCCUUUAAAGCCUAGGCUUCAGAGGAUAUUCAUGUGUUCUGAAAUAGCUGUAGCAAUGAGAUGGCAUGCUACUGAACGACCCAAAGAUGGAAAUAUAAAACAUUCUGCUGAUGGGGAAGCUUGGAAGGAUUUUGACUUGUUGCACCCGAACUUCUCUAAAGAUCCUCGUAAUGUUAGAUUGGGUCUUUCAAGCGACGGUUUUAACCCAUUUCGAACCAUGAGCAUUUCCCAUAGUACAUGGCCAGUCAUGUUAAUGAACUAUAAUUUAUCACCAUGGAUUUGCAUGAAGCCGGAGUAUAUAAUGUUGUCAAUGAUCAUUCCAGGUCCAUCAUCUCCAGGAAAGGAUAUAGAUGUGUACCUACAACCACUAAUUGCUAAGUUGAAGGAACUGUGGAAAAAGUGAGUAGAAACAUAUGAUGCUGAAACUAACCAAACAUUUUUAAUGCGUGCAGCCUUAUUGUGGACAGUUAGUGAUUUUCCAGCAUUAUCAAUGCUUUCCGGAUGGAGCACCAAGGCGAGAUGGGCAUGCCCCACUUGUAAUUAUGAUACUUGCUCUCAAUAUCUCAAACAUAGUCGUAAGAUGUGUUACUUGGGGCAUCGGGCAUUUUUACCGCAUGAUCAUCCAUUUCGGAAAGAUAAGAAAUCAUUCAAUGGUGAAGAGGAGCAUCGAGCCAUGCCUACUCCAUUAUCGGGGGUAGAAGUGCUCGAAGAACUACGUGAAUUCAAUAUUAUCUUUGGAAAAGGCCAAAAGAAAAGGCCUCGGCGUAAUGACGGUCCGUGGAAGAAAAGAUCCAUCUUUUUUGAAUUUCCAUAUUGGGUACAUAAUAAAUUGAGGCACAAUCUUGACAUGAUGCAUAUAGAGAAGAACAUAUGUGAUAGUUUUCUUGGGACUUUGUUAGAUAUACCUGGAAAGUCCAAGGAUCAUGUAAAUUCUCGCUAUGAUUUGCAAGAAAUGGGGAUACGCAAGGAGCUUCAACCAUUAAAAGAUGAUAAAAAUGGAAAAGUUCAUCUAGCUAAAGCUUGUUACUCCAUGAAACCGGAAGAAAAAAGAUUAUUUUGCACCGUCUUAAAGAAUGUCAAAUUACCAAAAGGGUGUGCCUCAAAUAUAUCACAUCGAGUGCAAGUGGAGGAGAUGAAAAUAUCAGGAUACAAGAGCCAUGAUGCUAAUUUCAUAAUGCAUUACUUGCUCCAAGUUGCGGUUAUAAAAGUGUUACCCAAGAAUGUCUCUUUGGCCUUGAUUAGGUUGGGAAAUUAUUUUAGAACCAUAUGUAGUAAAGUUAUAAGGCAAAAUGAUCUUGAUAAAAUGAUGUCUGAAAUUAUAGAUAUAGCAUGUGACCUCGAAACAAUUUUCCCGCCAACCUUUUUUGAUAUAAUGACACAUUUGCCUAUCCAUUUAGUGAAUGAAAUUAAGCUUGGCGGUCCGACUCAUUUGCGUUGGAUGUAUCCCUUGGAGAAAAACCUGUGUAAGUACAAAGCAUUUGUUCGUAAUCGAACUCAUCCAGAAGCAUCAAUAGUAGAGGGAUUUUUGGCAGAAGAAUGCUUGAACUUUUGUUCGAGAUACUUACAUGAUGGGGUGAAGACAAGAUUCAGUCGCUAUCAAACUGAAGAUGAUGAAGGCAUUCAAAUAGAGGGAGAUGAUUCUUCACCUAUAUUUCCUAAUAUAGGCCAUCCAAUCGGAAGUAAGAAUAAAAGGAAAGGCAAGACUUUUGACAUGGAUUUACAGUUAUGGUCUGAAGCACAUCGAUAUGUUUUGUUCAAUACUGGAGAUGAACAAGUUGAGGCAUUUAUCAAUACAGAUGAUACUUUUGUACUAGCAUCUCAAGUACAUCAAGUUUUUUAUGUGGAGGAUCCAAUUGAGAAAGAUGUUUAUUAUGCAAGAAAUAAAGUCCCUGUUGAUUUAUAUGAUUUGGAAGAAGAGAAUUGUCCUAAUAUUGGAGAAACAUUUUGGAGAGAGCAUAAUGAUGAUAUUGGUUCAUCAAAUAUAUUACUCGACGUGGAUGCCAGAUGGUCGAGAGAAGAUAUACCUGCUGAUAUCAUUGAUAUGCCUUCUCAAUCACAAGAUACAACUAUGGAAACAUCGGAAGAGGAGGAUGAGUAUGAUGAUACCGAUUGGGAUUGGAUGGAGGCUGAUGAUUGAUAAAUGAUCUUCUGAACUUAUUUAAAUAUAUAGUCGUCAUUGUUUUUUAGGUUUAUACCAGCAAUUGUUACUGAUUGUAGAUUCAAGUAAGUUGCAUAAAGUUUUUUUUUUCAAAUUUAGAUGUCAUGGGUCAAGAAGGGUCUUCUAGAAAAAAAUAAAAAUGGAAAAAACUCAUCAUAUGUUCAAGCUGGAAGUUUAUCAUGUUUGGCAAAAAAAAAGAAUGUCAUUGACAACAAAAGAAACCGUUCAAGCUAUACGGUCAGAGAAAGAGCAUUUGCUAAAACUAAUUGAAGAACAACCAACAAUAGGAGAACGAUCUGAAGCAAAUGAACGACAUAUAGAGGAGCAAUUUGUAGAGGGGCACAUUGCAGAUGAGCAGAUGCAAAUAGAUUCUACCGCUCCUACAGCUAAUGAACGAUCCGAAGAACAAGGUAAGUCUACAUAACUUAGAAUCACCUCUGAUUUUUUGUAUUUUGUUGUAGCUUCUGGUCCUGUAACUCCAAAAAAAAAGAGGUAGGACACAAAUGCGUAGUGUCCAUAGCCGAAAGACGCGUAAGGUGAUCACACUUAACAAUUUGAAUCAGCCCAUUGGUCCUACUAAAGAAGAUGUAAGAGAGUUUGGUAGCUUCCUCGGUACAUUGGCAAGGACUGCAACUCUUUGCCCGGUGGAUAUAUUGGAUUGGAGGAAAAUGGACACAAAAGACGAUUUAUGGACAUAUACCAAGGAAAAAACAAAGGAACCUGUAUCACUUAAGGAGAUGUUUGUGGCCACAUGAGCAAGAAAACCUGGGCGUGCAUACAAGCACUCAGACGAAAAUACAACUAGUAAAAUUGCUGAAAUGGAAAAAAUUGAAAUAUAACAAAGUGUAGAUGACAGUCAGUCUGUUGAUGCAUUUUCAUCUGUCAUGGGUCCUGAACAUCCAGGACGUUUAAGAUUAUAUGGACGGGGGGUUACAAAGACUACUUUGAAAGGAAAAGUGGCCCAUUUCAUACCGACUUCAAAUGCCACAAAUUAUACAGUGCAAGAAAUGCAAGAAAGGAUUCGAAAGAUGGAGGAACAAAAGAGAACUAUGCGACAAGAAAUUACUGCAGAUGUAAUUGCUCAACUUCAGCGUGCAGGAUUAAUUAAUCCAAACAUACUAGCAACAUUGUCUGUUUCGUCACUAGGAGAAGCUACCUCUGCACCACAAGCUGCUAAUCAACUGAUCCGUCGACCAUCUGCAGGUAGCAACAAUUAAGGUGGAGAACUUGAAGUAGGCGACCAAAGUGAUGAAGAUCUUACUUAGGAGUAUUAGGUUGAUUCAUGAUGAAACUAGAAAUAUUUUAUUUUUGUACACUUUGGAAACUUAUGUGUUCCAAUUCACUGGCAGAUAUUGUUAAAUGUUUUACUUUUAUGAAUAUUACACCUAUUAUGGAUUCU